CAUGAUAUAACAAGGCUUGUCCAAGGCAUUCUUCACUAGAUGGGCCUUUGGGCCUUUGGACUAGAAAUCAAGCCAGAGCGCAAUGGUGGGUCGAUCAGUUUAUGAAAGGGGAAUGCAAAGGGGGAGAGGUGAAUACCUUCCACUGUCCUGCACGCCUUUGGGCCUAGAUUUUGUUUCAUACUAUAUUUACAUUCCUCUUCGCUUUCAAACAUCUCUAUUUUGCAAUUUGGCAAAUUCUACAACCCUACCAGAUGCUACCCGGGUACGUUUUCAGCCAAUAGAUCUUCUCUCCAUUGAUUGGAUUGGCUCUGGUCCCUACCAUGAGAUCUCGGGUAAUGGAAUAAAAAUGGGUAUGGGGGGACUGGCUGGUAGUGUGAAGAUCAUAGCCUUAUUCUUCGCUAUGCGUGACAACUGGACUCGGCCGCAGGCAAGGGAUGAUAUGCUGCAGAUACCGAAAACGGAAAUUGAAGAAGAAGGGGAGAUAACACAUGGGUCUCCGCGCCUCAUAAAGAUUCGGGAUACAUACAUACUGAGCGAGAAUCUAAUAUUUGGAAGCCAUCUUGUUCUUUUAGAGAAUGGUGUCUCCAUCUACUCAGCGGCAAGCCGCCGAUAGAGCAAGUGAGGGGACUCCUUUGCUCCAAGAUUUCGAAGAUCACCAAUCUCAUAUUUUACCGCGAAAGCAACUCCUGAAAGUUUUCCCUGCACUAGCACUGAUCCAUUUUACCUCGUUUCUAGACCAGACCGCUCUAUCCACCUCCCUACCUGCCAUUGCGGCGGGACUGAACACCGGAUCAUCCAUCUCAUGGGUUAGCGCCAGCUUUCUCACGACGAGCACGAGUAUCCAGUUAAUUAACGGUCGGCUGUCGGAUAUUUUUGGUCGCAAAACAUGUCUUCUCGGGGCACUGGCGAUCAUGGCGCUGGGGAACCUGCUAUCCGGGUUCUCCCAGACGCCUGCGCAACUAUAUGCCACGAGAGCGUUUAGUGGCCUGGGAGCCGGGGCUAUCAAUGCGCUCGUACAGAUUUCUAUCUCCGACAUCACCACUCUGGAGCAACGGGGAUACUACUUCGGAAUCCUGGGGGUUGCGGUGGCACUGGGAAAUGGACUGGGACCCGUCGUGGGCGGCGUGCUCACUGAAUAUUCCUCCUGGCGCUGGGCCUUUUGGUUCGUCUGUCCGUUGGCCGCGGUGGCAGCAACCUAUUUUGGUCUUGUAUUUCCAUCCUCUGGUAUAGUGGAUAAUGUAUGGAUGAAGCUACGGAGGGUGGAUUGGUUCGGCGUGUGUACUAGCAUGUUGGCCAUUGUGUUGAUACUGAUCCCCGUUUCGCAAGGAGGUUCCGCCAUCCCAUGGAAUUCACCAAUAGUUAUCACUAUGCUUACGUUUGGAGCGACGCUUUUCGCGGUCUUCUUAAUGGGAGAAUGGCGAUGGGUGAAACUGCCCCUUCUGCCCAUGCGCUUAUUCCAGUACAACUACUCAACAAAUAUCCUGCUGGGCGUGAACAUCUUGAUCGGCUGGGUCUUCUGGGGCAACCUUUUCUAUAUCCCGCUGUACUUCCAGAACGUCCGUGGCUGUCACCCUGGGGUGGCUGGUUCCUUAAUCCUACCGAUGGUCAUUGCGCAUGGCGCGACCUCGGGAUUAACUGGAAUCAUUAUGUCCUGGACCCAUCGAUACAAGGUAGUCAUAAGCACGGGCGUUGGCAUGUGGGCAAUCGCAGCAGCGGCAAAGUCCUUCUAUACGCAAAACACUCCCUUAUUGGUAAUAGGAUUGGGAGGGAUCUUCGAAGGGAUCGGAGUAGGAUGCUCUCUUCAACCUGGCUCAGAUAAAAGUGACCGCGCGGUGGUGACCGGUCUUCGCAACUUCAUUCGCGACAUGGGCGGAUCUGUCGGUGUCACAGUAUCUGGUGCAAUCCUCAACAACGUCCUUCAAAACGUUCUGAGAGGACGGUUCAGCGCUGAACUCAUUUCAAAGAUCACAUCGUCCGCCUUUUCCCUGUCUGAUUUCGACCUUACCGACGAGGACAAGAAGCUGAUCUCCGAUGCUUAUAUGCGUGGCUUGCGGGAUGUGUUUACCGUUAAGGCUGAGCCGCCGCCUGCUGAGAUUGAGGGGCGCUUGGAGGAAGAACCCACGGAUUACGGAUCUGAAUAA